AUGAGUCCAGACAGAGUCCAUCAAAAGAAUGCUUUCGCGGUGACUGGUCUAGCAUAUGCUGCUGUGGACAGUACGGAUACGGCUACACCCUAUGCCACUGUCAACCCAAAUGCCAUCCCACCACUGGCACAUGCUGUCAUCCCAGCGGAAAACACGUCCAUCACCAGCUCGUUUCUGCAGCGCCAGCCUACCCCUGUUGGCGAGGCAGUUAACAUCCUCGGCCUCAUCAACAGAUUUCGAAACCCACCAUCGACACCUCCCCAUACACCGCCUCGGGACGCCGAGCGUACAGCAGCUACGACCAUUAUCACUCCAUCCUCCCUUCGUGUUCACCCAGAUGAGUUCACACCACGCAAACGUGAUGCUGCAAUUGCACAUCACCUCAAUGACAGGGCCAAGAACAUACCACUUCGAAGUACUGUCACGGUCGAAACACCCGUAAUCCCUCCCCUUCUUGACAGUGGUCCUCCUCUUCCUCCACCAGACUUCUAUAUCCUAUCUUUGCCAGCCCCUCCAGACUGCAUGUCGCGGGAUGAACUUGAGGGCGAAGUUGCAGCAUUGCGGGCAAUCUCGACGGUGUCGCAGGCGACUGUUACGGAGCAGUCGCAUGUGAUAGUUGGCCAACGCGCACAGCUGAUCCUGCAGAACGAGCACCAAAUAGGCACACAGGCGCGACUCAAUCAGAAGAAGAAGAAAAAGGAUAACUCUCAUGUUGCAACAUACCUGAAGAAGGAGCAGGCGCGAGGGCGCACGGGCCGGGUGUAUACUGAGGAGGGCUUUCGUGCAGCCCAAGCAGCUGAUCUGGCACAGUCGGAGAAGGCUGCGCUGGAGAAACUGAAGGGCUCAGCCUCUCGUGUGGCACGAAGUCGACGAGCAAAAUGGAGGCGUGAGAAGAAGGAGGCGCGAAAGGCAAUGAACACAAGGAAGAAGAAGGAAUAUGAGGAGGCAUGCAGGGACUGCGAUGCCGACAGAACGAAGCGACCGCGUGCACCACGUGCUGUCCCCAGAGAUCUAACCCCCGAGCAUCUCACGUGA